GUGACCCAGCAAAAAGUGAGUGAAGUUAUGAAACCUGCAAUCUGCUUUUAGCUGAUAACUAUGACUAAUACACAACACUGAGCAGGACAAAGCAGGGAAAAUUGUUUCCUUGUCCCGUCCUUCUAGACCUCCCCUCCUUUAACCACCAGACUUAUUUAAGAUCAGAAACAAUUCCUGAUGGACGAUGUGUCGGCUAAGUAAACACACAGAUAUGAGGUCGUCUGUGUUUUUCUACCUCACCUACACCCUGUGUCUGUGCUUGUCCCUGCUCUGUGUGCUGUUUGUGAUCUGCUGGAGCUCACGCUGGAGAGGGGGCUUCUCCUGGGACGGUUCUGCCCUGCAGUUCAACUGGCACCCCGUGCUCAUGGUGUCCGGGCUGGUCGUUCUGUAUGGAAAUGCGGCUGUUGUGUAUCGCGUGCCGUUCACCUGGAGGCAGAGGAAGUACACCUGGAAGCUGGUGCACGCCGGACUGAUGCUUUUGUCUCUGCUUGUGUCCGUCCUGGGCCUGUGCGCCGUGUUCGACUUCCACAGAGGCUUCCACAUCAACGACCUGUACUCUCUGCACAGCUGGGUGGGCAUCUGCACUGUAGCGCUGUUUGCAUUUCAGUGGAUCCUCGGCUUGGCUGGUUUCUUGUUCCCUUGUUCUUCGCUGUGGUUCCGACGCAACCUGAAACCUGUCCAUGUCUGGGUGGGGAAAGCAAUCUUGAUCCUGAGUCUGACCUCAUGUAUCAGUGGCAUCAAUGAGAAACUGCUGCUCGCGCUUAAUGGAAGCAGCGGAGAGCCGUACAGCUCGCUGCCUGUGGAAGCAAAGUUUGCGAAUUCCCUCGGCCUCCUCAUUGUGGCCUUUGGGUUGGUCGUCUUUGGAAUCUUAUCCAUAAACAAAUGGCAGAGGCCAGAAACAGAGGGUGAAGGAGUUCAUCUUCUGCUCAGUGAAGACAGCACAUGAAAAAUAAUGGCUGCACUGAAUGUGCCAUGGAGAGCUGCAGGUUUUCAUUCCAACCAAAUUAAAAUGGUAUUUAAUUUCACUGAUUAACAUUAACAGAGAAUAAGGAAACAGUGUUGUUCAGUGUUUUUGUUGAAUGUAUGAUAAAUAAUCUUUUUCUGUAACUUGAAUUGAAUGACUGUAUUUAACAGUAUUUCUAAAGUUCUUGUAGUUUGCAGGAUAGUAGAUGUAUUUUUAAUAGUUGUUCUUUAAAGUUGCUUAUAAAGAUCUAUUGUGUGUUAAAGCACCAUUUGAUGGACCCAUGUUCUUUUUCUUACACAGAGUGAAGUUAAUAUUAUUUAAUAAAUAGUACAAGUUUAUAUCCUUUUGACUUUGGGUAUUAUCGCCCGUACCAUCAUCACUCAGCUUCACGAAAUGGAAAAUAUCUCUAAUGUUAAAUACUCGACUACAACUACUAUAAGGUUUCGGUUAUAGAGGUUGAAACAAUAUAAACGACUGGAAAAUGAUGUAAUAAACUGACCCUAAAGAGAUCUAACCUACAACAGUUAAAAUGAUUGUUUUUAUUUUCAAAUUUUCAAUGAAUAAACUAGAUUGCUGC